AUUGAUUUUGUCAAUAAUUCUCUAUGGAAACAAGUCUAUAUAUACCCGUUUAUAAGGAUUUUUUUGUUUAUAAAUAUUCUGAAUAAAUAGAAGUAGCAUGGGGUUGACACGAUUAAUCGUUUUAUUGGCGGUAGUAUCUUGUAGUUUUGCUCAAACUUACAACACUAGAUAUGAUAACAUCGACAUUGACCAAAUUUUAGCAAGUAAAAGAUUGUUGGAUAAUUAUAUACAGUGUCUUUUAGAUGAAAACGCUAAAAGGUGUUCACCGGAAGGACGAGAAUUUAAAAAAUAUAUACCUGAAGCGAUUCGCACCAACUGUGCUAAAUGUUCAGAUUCCCAAAAAAGAAUUGUUAAAAAAACUGCCAAACACAUAAUAACUAAUAGACCACAAGAUUGGGAAAAAAUUAAACAGAAAUUUGAUCCUCAAGGAAAAUAUCAUCAAAGUUUUAAUGAUUUCUUAAAUAGUAGUUAAAAUGUUUUUUUUUAUAUUAUAUAUAAAUAAAUAUCUAUCAAUUA